GUGUAAUACCAAACCCUUAGAUGAAUAAGAAGGGGAAGGCAGAGGACCUGGAUAUCCUGAUUCCAGAGUGUUAUAUAUCAUGAUAUAUAACGAUUAUAUGAAUUCUAAGUUUCUUCCUGUGAUACAAUAAGCUAUUGCUUUGGUUAGUAGACUAGGGUUUUGGAACUACUGGUAAGGACUCUUAACAGAAAUUCCUGCUUUUUCAGAUGAAGGCAGGAUCUGGACUAUCCACACUCCAGCAGUUGUGGUCCCCUUCCUUGGGUUAUCCUUUCUUUUUCCAAUGGCUAAAAUAAGCUUGUUUUUUCUUAGAAUUUGAGAAUUUUUUCUUGCAACAGAUUGUGAUCUUAAACAUUGAUUUGAUGACCACGUGCAAUAUGAAUAAAAUAUCUGAUCUAGCCCACUAGGGAAUACUAUAAUUAAAAUUUGUACUAUUUCUCAUCAGUUAGAAAUACAUGUCUAUAUUUUCUUCAGCAUGUUCCAUCUUGUGUAAUUAUUCUUAUUAUCUUUAUUUUAUAGAAGCGCUAAAAGAAAUAGAUGAUGUCUAUGAAAAAUACAAGUCUGAAAAUGAUCCUGUUCAGAAGAAACGCUUGCAGCAGCAUCUUCAGCGUGCAUUAAUCAACAGCCAAGAACUUGGAGAUGAAAAAAUUCAAAUAGUUACUCAGAUGCUAGAACUGGUAGAGAAUAGAGCCCGGCAAAUGGAAACACACUCUCAGUGUUUUCAAGAUCUGUCUGAGAACGAAAAGCCUCUAGAAAAGGCGAAGAUGGAGUCCUGCCAGCCAGAGAGAUCUUCACGUAGACCUCGUCGCCAGCGAACCAGCGAAAGCCGUGAUCUGUGCCAUAUAGCAAAUGGUAUUGAUGACUGCGAUGAUCAGCCACCUAAAGAAAAAAGAUCUAAAUCUUCCAAGAAGAAAAAACGUUCCAAAGCCAAACAAGAGAGAGAGGUUUCACCUGUAGAAUUUGCAAUUGAUCCCAAUGAACCAACUUACUGCUUAUGCAACCAAGUGUCUUACGGCGAAAUGAUAGGAUGUGAUAAUGAACAAUGUCCUAUCGAGUGGUUCCACUUUUCGUGUGUUGGACUCACCUACAAACCAAAGGGGAAAUGGUAUUGCCCCAAGUGCAGAGGAGACAAUGAGAAAACGAUGGACAAAUGUACUGACAAAUCAAAAAAGGAUAGAAGAUCGAGGUAGUGAAAGCAAUUCAUGUUUUAAAGAGUUGCUCCUUUUAUAUUAAAAUGUUUAAUUUCCAGAGAACGCUGUUUUAGGAAAUGCAUAAGACUAUGCAAUAAUUUUUAAUCUAUAAUAUUAAUGGAGUAUUAAAAGCUGUUAUACCUUCUGUGAUCUUUAACUUUCUGCACUGAAUAACCAAAUAAUUGAAACAGGGUGGCUUCAGACUUUCACAGAAGACAUUACAACAUAUGGCGCUUGGUUUCAAUUUAACCCCAUUAGUAUUUUAAAGAACCUUGUGAAUCUUGAAAUAAUGGUGGUGGGAAAGAUACUGAAGAACUUUUCAUGUUAUGGGAAAGGCAUUGAAAGGCCUCACGUAACUGCUAGAAUCUUAACAACUGAAUUUGUUCUUUAUCCCAGGUCUUAAGUUUUAAGUUUUUGUGUUAACAUCACACAUUUGGAAUUAGGGGGUUUGAAUUCAGCUGUAACUGUAAAAGUCUUCCAAGCUAAAAGCAGACCUCUUCAGUGACUUUCAUAUGACCAGUAUGUUAUUUCAAGGAAGAAAAUACUACUAACUUAAACUUUUUUUUUGUCAAUAUUAAACUCUUGUCUUUGUGACU